AUGAAAAGCAAGGGAAAUGGAGCUGUGCUGAUAAAUCAGAUAGACACUCAACAAGGUGAUGUUGGGUCUCUUUCGAGAGACAAUGUUAUGACAGUAGCAGAUUGUUUUCAUAAGAUAUUGGGCACAUUAAAAAAUAAUGAGGAUGCUAUGGUACAAGGAGGAGCACGAGCUGAUGCAGAGAAUGAAUUGAAAAGUGAACCUAAGAAAGUGGAAUCAGUAGAUAUGGCGAAUAAAGUUCAACAAUAUGCACUUAUGCAAAUUGAUAAUGUCAGCGGUUCUGAAACAAGAGGAGAGGAAUUGGUUAAAGCAUGUGGAGGGAGAUGGAAGCACAAAGCACGACUGGUGAAACCGAUUGGAGAAAAUACAGGUAGUGGGCUAGAUAACAAUGUGGGAAAGGAGGGGGGAAAAAGAAAAUGUGAGGAAGAGACUAACAUGUGGUGGGACCAGUGGGACUGGCCCACCACGAACAAUGAGAAUUUUAAGUUGGAAUGUCCAGGGUUUCGGGACCCCUGGGACGUUCCAUUCUCUCAAGCGUAUUUUGAGGGAGAAAAAACCCGAGCUGGUGUUCCUUAUGGAAACGCGGAUGACGAAAGCUCAAAUGGAGAAAAGAAGAUUUCAAUGUGGUAUGACAGGGGGAAUUUAUGUGGGAAGAGUGGGAUUAGGGGGAGGCUUAUUGUUGAUGUGGACAACUAG